ACAGACCGGCAUAUAUGACAUACCAUAAUUCGUGGGGUUUGUGGAUGCAUGGCAGAGCGAGCUAAAAGCAGAUACUGAGAUACCCUGGACAGCGCACGUUCUGUCUCCUCUAGCCCACCUCUCUCUCUCUCUCUCCAGGGUAACGUGCCUCACAAUCUCAACGCUAUUUGACCUCCGCAGUACAAAUUACAGGGCUUUUUACAUCCAGCAAAAGGAGAUGCCUGCUACAUAAAAGAAACAAGAAUGAGCCAUCAAGAGGGAUAGAGAGCAGUUGCAUCGCAAGGACCAUUUAGAAAGUUUGGACGAGCGAUUAAACGCGCUUUUUUACUUCCUGUUUGAAGACAGAGACUCCAGGGUACGAGGAUGGCUCAUGAUGGACUCAUAUCUCCCCACCCUCUCCCUCACCAUCCUUUACCUCCUCACAGUAUACCUGGGAUCGAAAUACAUGAGGAACAGGCCAGCAUACUCACUCAAGGGUGUCUUACAAGUGUACAACUUCUCUGUGACCAUGCUCUCCCUGUACAUGCUGGUUGAGCUCGUCUCGGCACCUUCGUCGGCAGGCUACCGUCUGCAGUCUCAGGGACUCCACGAGGCAGGGGAGGCGGACCUCAGGGUAGCCAAGGUGCUGUGGUGGUACUACUUCUCCAAGGUGAUUGAGUUCCUGGACACCAUCUUCUUUGUGCUGCGGAAGAAGAACAGCCAGAUCACCUUCCUGCACGUUUAUCACCACGCCUCCAUGUUCAACAUCUGGUGGUGUGUUCUGAACUGGAUCCCCUGUGGACAGAGUUUCUUUGGGCCGACUCUUAACAGUUUCAUCCAUGUGUGUAUGUACUCCUACUAUGGCCUGUCUACAAUACCCUCCAUGCAGAAAUACCUCUGGUGGAAGCGUUACCUGACUCAGGCUCAGUUGAUCCAGUUUAUACUGACCAUCACACACACCCUGUCUGCGAUCGUCGUCCCUUGUGGUUUCCCCGUCGGAUGCCUUCUCUUCCAGUUCUCCUACAUGGCCACCCUCGUCAUCCUUUUUGUCAACUUCUACGUCCAGACCUACAGAAAAAGACGGCCAGAAGAAUCCAUCAAGUCCAGUCGCCCAAAUGGCCACUCUGUCUCCACCAAUGGCACCAGCUUCAAGAAGAGAAAGUAGUAUUUGGACCUGGUUGUCAAGACAACGACCUACUUCAACAACCACCAGAAUCUAUACACGUCGUGACACUACUGCUGAAAUGCUCCAAGACAGGGAUAKGUUUCAGUAUGCAUGUUGUGUUUUUGUAUAGAAUACUUUGUACUUAAUUUUUGUAUAAAAUUCUUUAUUUGGUUUCCUUGGAGCUUGACAACAUAUGUGUAACAUAGUGUACGUACAGGAAUGAUGAGCUCAUUUCCUUUGCACUUUCAAUUGCUGAAAUGCAAGUGUGAAAACUCCAUCCAUUCCUUACCACGCAGUAACCUAUGCAAUUCAUAGUUUAUAUUCUCAUAGUGUUAAAACCUGAAUACAAUCAGCAAUUUCCACAAUACUUUGACAUAAUUUACUUUGCUAUAAAGCCCAACAUUGCUUUAUUGAAUAUAGCCCAUGUGUACAGUGUGUACUCAUCAAAAAUAUCAGUCCAGAGCAUUCACUGAAAUCAUUGUUAAACUAAAGAUGCCUUAGAAACACUGCAGAUCCUUAUACCUGAUGUAUCACAAUGUAUUUGAAUGUCUUCGUUUACGGGUACAAAAUGUGCUGGUAAACAUUUGACUGGGUCUUUAGAAAAAGCAAUAUUGAACAGGCUUUCCUGACGACUUUGGUAGACUUUAUACAUUGAAAAAUGCAACCACUGAUCAAUAUCUUUGAAUGGCUAUCGGCAAACAGACAAAAUAAAAGUACUUCAAAAAAAUAAA